AUGUCCGACUCCAGCCAGCUUUUCCAGAAAGCGCACUUGGCCCGCACCGGCGACCUCAGCUUCGUGGGCCGCUUCCACCACAACUUCGGCGCCGAGCACGGGCUCUUCGACUACCUCCUAGACCAGAAGGACAUGUGGGGCGAGAAGCUCUUCUACGUCAACGAGCGCCAGUUCCGCCAGUGGGUCGAGCAGGGCCGCCACCGCGUGCGCGAGGUGCCCGCGAUGGCCGCGCUGGGCCUCCCGCCGCUCCAGACACAGCCGCUCACGGCGCAGCAGUUCCAGCACACGUUUGGCGCCGCCGCCGACAUCGUCUUGAACACCACCAAGGGCGGCGCCGCCGCGCAGCACCGCCUCGCGCCCGGCGGCUGCGUGCCGUUGAACGCCGCCGUGGACCGCAACGCGCUCGCGGUGCACGCUGGCGGCCACGUCACGGCGCUCAAGUGGCUCGCCUUCUCCUCGCCCGCGCUCUUGGCCGUGGCCGUGGUCAACAGCAAGGACGGGCUCGCAGGUGUGGUGGGCGCGCCGGAGUUGGGCGUGUUGGCCGCGGCGGCGGCGGCGCCCCGCGGGACCGCCCGCCACGUGCGCUCUGCGGUCCAGCUCUGGGCCUACGACGUGGACCAGGCGGCGCUCCGGCUCGUGCAGGUGCUCGACACGCUGGCGCUCGGCGCCACGGCGCGGCUCGCGUGGCGCCCCGCGCGCGCGGCGGACGGCUGCUCGGGCGUGCUCCUGGGCGUGUUUUCCGACGGGCGGCUCCAUUUCUUCGAGCUCCGCAGCACGCCCGGCGCGGAGCCGCGCUACGCGGCGGUCACGCGGCCGUCGUGGACUGUGGAGCUCGGCGCGGCGGUCUCGGCGUUCGACUUCGUGGACCACGCGCGCGUGGUGGUGGGCACGGCGGACGGCGCGGUGGCGGAGUUCGUGCUCCCCGGGCCGGGCGUCUCCGAGACGGCCGCGCGCGUGCCGUCGUUCGUGGCCCGCGUGGCGGACUCCAUGGUCACGGCGGUGUGCGUGGCGGACGCGCACGCGUCGCGCGUGGUGCUCGUCAACACGGCGUCGGCGCAGAGCUACGCGCUCCAGUACGACCAGAUGCGCCAGGGCCGGCUCGAGGUGGGCAGCACGGUGUCGCCGCUCCAGCCGCUCUACCACCGCGCGUACCGCAUCUUCGUGUACCCGGACUCGGCCGAGAGCAUCGGCUACACGUUCGCGCGGCACCCGCACCAGAAGCACAGCUUGCUCCUCCGCACAGAGCUGGUGUCGGCGUUCCACACCAGCGAGUUCCUCAACCACCCGUUCGCGGUGGUGGGCAACACGUGCGGCGACGUCUACGUGAUGAACGUGGGGCGCAAGAUCUUCGGCAUGCCCAAGGCGCACAACAAGCUCGUGGUGCCGUUGAGGAUCUGGUCCGUGUUCCGCGCGCCCGGCGACCUGGCGCUCACGCUCGCGGGCGACUACGUCCCGGUGUCCCCCGACCGCAGCGAGGUCAUGUGCACCGCCACGCCGCCGGAGGUCGUGGUCUCCGCGGCCGCGUGGAACGAGAACUUCGACGGCAGCUCCACCUACGCGUUCGCCACCUACGCGGGCUUGCUCGUGGUGGAGCGGCUCGACCCGGUCCUCAUCUAA